GCAACCGCGGCCAAUUCCUCAAGGAAGCGGUUACAAAGAGAUGAAGUAUUAGCAACCACCGUCACCGCCACCGCCACCGCUGCGACUGACAGUAACAAGCUGAAGAGAAUUAUGCACCGGGAAAUCGAACGGCAGCGCCGCCAAGAAAUGGCCACCCUCUAUUCUUCUCUCCGUUCGCUCCUCCCUGUCGAAUAUGUAAAGGGCAAGCGUUCGACGUCGGAUCAUAUGCACGAGGCACUGAACUACAUAAAACAUAUGCAGAAAAGCAUUCAAGAAUUGGGACGGAAGAGAGACAGGUUAAAGGCGGCGGCAUCGUCGACGGCGGCGGGGACUUCGGGUUUCCAAGAUUUGGAGAAAAACGGAAGCUUGGAUAAGAAGAUCGUCACUGCGGGUUCCCGGAGUUUCGUAUCGGUUAGCCGUUGCCGGAACGGCAUUGAGGUUCUGAUCAGUUUUGACGGCGGCGGGAGGGGUCGGUUUCCACUGUCAAGAGUGCUACGGACGCUGGAAAACGGAGGUUUUGACGUCGUGAGCUGCCAUUCCUCCACGGUGGAUAAUAGGUUGCUUCAUCGGCUUCAGUCUGAGGUUUCUGAUGAGGAAGGCAUUGAUCUGCAAGCCUUGCAACAAAAACUAACUGAUGUUAUCAAUCUUUAGCAAACUCAAAGUUGUCUCAUUCUUAUCCAUGUUGCUUGCUAAUUUACAAGUUUGCAACAAGAGUAAAACUUGUAUUAUUAGGAGGGGUUUGUGGAGAUCUUUUUUGCAACAUACACAAUAAAUGUGAUAACAUUUGUCUAGUUUGUCAUACACAAGUAUAUCUUACUCUUUAGAUUUAUUGAUAACGAGUUCUCCUACCUUAAGACUAAUAAAUAAAUCAAUGUUUUGUUGUGGAGGCACUAGGGAGUGAAUUGAAGUCCUAAUAUAAUAAUACAUCAAUGUUACCAACUACCAAUAAAAAUGUUAUUUUGUUGACCCACCACAAUAUUUGUCUUUGCUUACGC